AUGGCAGAAGACUCAGCCACCGCGGCAACACCUUCCGCCUCCGGUUCCACUCCUCCUCCCCAGCCCACGGCCUCUACUACGGCAACGCCUGCUGCUCCUCAAGCCACUUCAAGCCCCAGCGACGCCUCAGCUGCUCCCGCCUCGGCACCUGUUGCUCCUCAGGCAGCACGGGUCCCGGCAACUGCGCCUUCAGAUGGUCCAAAUGACACUGCAGUGCCCCAUGCCCACAACCAUGUAGACGAAGAAUCAGGUGGCAUGCUGGCUCGUUUCCGCAUCCAAGAAGAUUGCUGGGCCUGGAAGUUUGGCCUUCGUCUGAUCACCCUCGUCUGCGCCAUCAUUGGCAUGAGCACCUUGGUUUGGGCAGGUGUGGCAGCAGGAAAAGAAAACAGUUACAUGGCCGGCUCUUGGAUCGGAGCCUUCUCCAUUCCAUUGAUCUGCUCUAUCAUUUUCAACGUCAUCUGCCUCUCCAUCGUCUUCUUCACCAAGCGACCCGUCCACCCUGGUGUGGCCGUUGGUGUCGACCUCGUUCUUUGGCUGGCGCUCAUUCUCACUGGAUUUUUCAGCAUCUGGGCAUACUUCUACAGUGGCACCACCGAUGCCGAGACCUUUGACGACUGGUAUGGCAGCAGCGGUUACGGCAGCAGCAGUUCCUACCGCAGCGCUUACUACUGCGGAUCGGAAGAUUACGUCUAUGACCCGUAUGAGCGGACCUGCACCUACGAGCCGGAGGACUGCCCGGGCUGGUCCAGCUGCGAAACGGAAUCGGCUUACUACCGGGCCAAGUAUCGAGCCCGCGUCGUCCUGGUCGGCGCAAUCUUCACUUUCAUCUGCACGCUUCUGCACUUCAUCACCUUCGUCUGGGCAUGCGCCGACACACACCGGCGGAACAAGUCGAAGGAGUCGCUCACGGUUAAAUACGCGGCCGAGCGGAUCGUGCAGGAGAUGGUCCAGAGCGGUCAGCUUGUCAGACCCGCGCCGGCCAUGAUGGCAGGCGGUCAUCCCCCUCACGGUGCAGCGCCGAUGAGGGGUUAUCAUCCUCAGGGUCAGCCAAUGAUGACGGGGGCCAACAACGCCCAGGGCCAGGGCAUGGAUCGUCCUCUUCCACCUCUCCAGGAAUUCUACUCUCCAGCACCUCGCGCGCCUCCAGCGAGCGGGAAGGCUCCGGCGCAGGAUUGA